AUGGAUACAGAUCUUAAUCGAUUUGGCUUAAAAACAAUAGAUGAAGUACGAAUAGUAAUGAAGAUUAUCUCUCCAAAUCCGAAUUUGAAUUGUAUGGGAGCUUUUACACGUUUUUCUACUUCUGAAGAUAUGAAAAACAAGAGUUAUUUUCAUCAACAACUAGCAAGUUUCUACGAAUUUCUCGAUGUCAUUCCAAAUCGCACUGACAAAAUUAUUCAUGGUGCUACUCUAUAUCAUACUGAAAAACCUUUCUUUGAUAUGAUUCGUUUGGGAAAAGCAUUGAUGGAUCCACCAAAUGAAGAAUUAAAACAUUUACUUCCAGUUGAACUUCAAAAUACACUCUCGCUUUACUCUAUCUUACAUAUUGUGAAGCAAUUAGAUGCCAAUGAGAAAAUCAGUUAUGGAGGUAUCUAUAUAACAACAGAAAGUCAGUGGAAUGGCACUGUACCAAUUGGAUUUGCAGAUGGAUGA